CAAAACGUCAUAGAAUAGUGUACGAGUGCGCAAUUUGGGACACACCUAUUGUGUAGCCUACUACGCACCAUUCAUUAGUUUCAUAAAUCCACGCCUCAGCUGCUUUUUUUGUACACUUCAAAGUCUUGAGCGCGAUAACUCAACCCCCUUUACGUAUCAUCGACGAAAUGAGCGCCGUUGAGGCUGACUGCGCGCUGGGGUGAGUUUAGUGUCAGCCCUGGGCGGCGGAGCUCAGUCGAAGCCCCUAGAGGCGCAUCACAACACUGUCUUCCAUUCGCCUUCAGCACCACACAGGACUUUACCCGUCUGCGGACAGCGAUGCUCCUGCAUCCGAAGCUCACCCGACUCUUCCUCAUCACCGAUUCCCGUCGGUGUCGGUUUCGAGGAGUUCAGCCAAGGUUCCGACACGCGUGUGACUACAACCACCGCCGUAUCUGAGUGCACACCGACAAAAGCGCCCUGAAAGUGGAGAGAUCGGACAAAGAGCCGCCGUUCAGAUGCAGCGAUAACUUUGAGGAGGUUUUUUUUCGGACGAACAGCUGAAGAUUGUUAUAAUCAUGCCUGUACGGAGAGGUCAUGUCGCUCCUCAGAAUACCUUUCUUGGAAUAAUAAUACGGAAAUUCGAGGGGCAGAAUAAGAAGUUCAUCAUAGCCAAUGCCCGGGUCCAGAACUGUGCUAUUAUUUACUGUAACGACGGAUUCUGUGAGAUGACGGGAUUCUCACGGCCGGAUAUCAUGCAGAAACCUUGUACAUGCGACUUCCUGCAUGGCGAGCAAACCAGUAGACAUGCGAUUGCGCAGAUGGCCCAGGCUCUCAUGGGGUCAGAGGAACGGAAAGUGGAGAUUACGUACCAUCGCAAGGACGGCUCAGACUUCCAGUGCAACACUCACAUCAUCCCAGUGAAGAACGAGGAAGGAGUUGUGAUGAUGUUCAUCUUGAACUUCGAUUACGUUCUAGACGAAGAGAGCAGCGACUCUAUGGAGAGACUCAACCUCACGCCGCCUGUCAAAUCUGAAAUCAGAAAAGGAAGAUUCUUCCGCUUCCGUCUGUCAGCCUUGGCGCUGUUGGGCAAGCAGUCUCUCCCGCAGGACGAUCCAGACUCGGUGAUGGUGGACUCACCCAGGGCCAGUGACGACUCUGCGGCCGUGGUGGACGUCCGAUCGCCCACCAAGGACGGUUCGAGUCCAGCGGAUGCCAACGACACGCGGGCGCUCAUCAGCUCCAGCCCUCACUCGUCCCCGGUCAGCGCGUCCGUACCCCUCGACCACUCGUCGCCCAAGCUGCCCUGGGACCUGCCCAGUCCGUCUCAAGCACAGUCCAGCACCUGCCUGGCCCAGUCCAUCUCCAGAGACGGCGUGUGCAGCAGGAGACGGGCCUCCUCCGUUCACGACAUCGAAGGACUGAGCGCCAACUCCAAACGCCUGUUUACAGACAGACACGCAAGUGAAGGUCCGUUCAACCAUCUGAAGUCCAGUCUGCUGGGAUCCACCUCAGACUCCAAUCUGAACAGAUACAGCACCAUCAACAAGAUCCCGCUCAUCGCGCUCAACUUCUCUGAAUCCAACGAUAAGAAAGCGCCUUCCCCUCCGUCCUCAGAGAAGACCAUCAUCGCACCGAAAGUCAAGGACAGAACACACAACGUCACGGAGAAGGUCACACAGGUGUUGUCGCUGGGCGCUGACGUGCUUCCAGAAUACAUGCUCCAGGCUCCACGCAUGGAUAAGUUCACCAUCCUGCACUACAGUCCGUUCAAAGCGGUGUGGGACUGGCUCAUCCUGCUGCUGGUGAUAUACACCGCCAUUCUCACCCCGUACUCUGCUGCCUUCCUGCUCAACGACAGCGAGGAGCAUAAAAGACGGGAAUGUGGCUAUUCCUGCAGCCCUCUCAACGUCGUGGACUUAAUGGUGGACAUCAUGUUCAUCAUCGACAUCCUCAUAAACUUUCGCACCACCUACGUGAACUUGAACGAGGAGGUGGUGAGCCAUCCAGGGAAGAUCGCCAUCCAUUACUUCAAGGGCUGGUUCCUUAUAGACAUAGUGGCGGCCAUUCCCUUCGACCUGCUCAUAUUUGGAUCAGGAUCAGAUGAUACGACCACUCUGAUUGGUCUGUUGAAGACGGCGCGGCUCCUCCGACUGGUUCGUGUUGCCAGGAAGCUGGACCGUUACUCCGAAUACGGGGCGGCGGUUCUCAUGCUGCUCAUGUGUAUAUUUGCUCUGAUCGCCCAUUGGCUGGCCUGCAUCUGGUAUGCCAUUGGAAACGUGGAGAAACCGUACCUGGAGCAUAAGAUUGGCUGGCUCGACAAUCUCGAGGUGUCCCUCGGGAAGAGAUGCAACUCUAGUGAGCACUGCUCUGGGCCGACCAUCAAGGAUAAAUACGUGACCGCGCUGUACUUCACGUUCAGCUCGCUGACCAGCGUGGGCUUUGGAAACGUGUCUCCAAACACCAACUCUGAGAAGAUCUUCUCCAUCUGCGUCAUGCUCAUCGGAUCUUUGAUGUACGCCAGCAUUUUUGGGAACGUUUCUGCCAUCAUCCAGCGGCUGUAUUCGGGAACGGCGCGGUACCACAUGCAGAUGCUCCGUGUGAAAGAGUUCAUCCGAUUCCACCAGAUCCCAAACCCGCUCAGACAGAGGCUGGAGGAGUAUUUCCAGCACUCGUGGACCUACACCAACGGCAUCGACAUGAACAUGGAGGUCUUAAAAGGCUUUCCUGAGUGUUUACAGGCAGAUAUUUGUCUACAUCUGAACAACAGUCUCCUUCAGGGAUGUAAGGCUUUCAGAGGUGCGACUCAAGGAUGUCUGCGUGCUCUCGCCAUGCGCUUCAAAACCACCCAUGCUCCUCCUGGAGAUACGCUGGUGCAUUGCGGGGACGUCCUCACCGCGCUCUACUUCCUGUCUCGAGGAUCCAUUGAGAUCCUCAAGGAUGACAUAGUGGUGGCCAUUCUGGGUACGAAUGACAUAUUUGGCGAGAUGAUCCACCUGUAUGCGAAGCCCGGUAAGUCAAACGCAGACGUGCGAGCGCUCAGCUACUGUGACCUGCACACCAUCCAGAGAGAGGAGCUCCUGGAGGUUUUGGACAUGUAUCCAGAGUUCGCUGACUACUUCCUCACCAAUCUGGAGCUGACCUUUAACCUGCGGGAUGACAAUUCAAAGGCCACUUAUUCACAAGCCAGUGAUUCUGACGGAGAGGAGACCAAGAGCCGAAGGAAGAUCUCCUUUAAACGCAAACCAUCCAAAGGAGGAAGCCUGAAGGAAACAGACAGCGAGGGCAGGAAGGAGCGGCGAGAGUCUCGUCUCAGCUCUAAGAGAAGUUCAGAGGACCGUCACACCUCCAGAGAGGAACAGCAAAGGCUUCUGGGAGCAGGCAUAAUAGAGUAUCCAUCAGUACAGAGCUACACCUCCACACCGGGCUGCAGUCCUCCUGCUGAAGACACGGAGAAGACAUAUGAUGAAAUGCAGACUGACGGAUGGCUAGCUGACAGUGUGAAAGCAGACAUGGACACGGCUGCGCAGGAGCAGGGCGCCGCCGAAGAUGAUGAUCUGGACUGUGACGUCACGUAUGGAGAAGUGGAGCAGAGAUUAGACCAACUGCAGGAACACCUGAGCAGGUUAGAGUGUCAGAUGACGACAGACAUUCAGAGUAUCCUGCAGCUGCUGCAGAGACAGACGUGUUUAGGACCUCCGGCCUACAGCAGCCUCACAGCCGGUCCUGAGUACAAGAGACCCGCCAUCAGAGUGCAGCCCGUCGCUUCUGUUCCCACCAACCCACAGCACUGCACAGCACAGGUCGCUAACAUUUUGGCCAUGACAAAGAUCCAUCCGAACCCCAAGGACUCUCUGUCAGGUCUGGCCCUUCUGGACUCCAACCCAAAGCAGAGCCACGGGACACAGUCCUCACAGCACUCCAGCGCCACGUACCGCUUCACAAACAGCCAGACUCUUCCUCUGACACGCCAGCAGUCCAGAUCCCUGCUUCCAGACACCACAGCUGCUCUGGAGCUCCACAGACUGCCGUCUGAUCCAGGACUGCACUGACCAGGAUGUCCCACAGCUCUUCCACACCUACUUGGAGGCAUAAAGGAUGUUUUAAAUACAGGCACUGGCCAAAACUUUAAUACUAGUACAACUUAGGAUUCACUGCUGGCUCUCGCCUGUACAUUUGCUUCUUCUUCCUUUUCCUGCCCUACGCUCCUCGAUGCUGUCGGGGAAGAUUUAGAACGGAUUCCUGGACAACACUUCCGUUUUCAGGAAGUCAAAGACAUUUCUUGGAGUGUCUUGGACACUUUUCCACAUACAUGUGUUCUGCACACUUUUACACUAGUGUGAGACUCAGGACAUUGAUGGUGGUUAAUAUAACAUACUGGCAGAAUCUCUUCCCUGUUUUAUCAUUAUCAUUCUAAAUUAUAAUAAUGACACUUUACACUUCGAUUUGCAGAACCCUGUGGAACUACAUACUAUACAGUUUAGUCCACUUAUUAAUUUUUAUUUGUUUGUUUUUUUUGCAUUAUUUUCUAAUAAAGCGUGUUUCACCACAAUUAAACAGUAUGUUAUACAAAAUAUUUUGAAUAUAUUUUAAAAAUAAAACAUUAAUUUGACAAAAAUAGAAUUUCAGUUGAUGACAUUAUUAAAAAAAACUGCAAACAUGUCAAACUGUAGCAAACCAAAAUUGCCAUACACACACACACUCACACACAAAUAAAUAUAUAUAAAUGUUCAUUUUUAUUCAUUCAGUUCAUUUUAUAUCCAAGUUUCAUAUGUAAAUUUAGAGAAUGGAAAUUUUUAAUUUUCAAAGUGCUUUGAGUUUUGGACCCCACUAGUAAAAAUUAUUAUAUUUAUUUAGAAUUCUUUUUUUUAAUUAAAUAUAUUAAUUUAAUAAUUUUAUUUUUAUUUAUUUGCAUUAUUGUCUAAUUUAGUACAUUUUAGUGCACUAGAAUUAAACAUUAUGUUACAAAAUAUUUUGGGUUAAUUUGAAAAGUUAAAUUGCAGCAUGCACAUAAAUGUGAAUUUUUAUUCAUUUAUUAAUAUUGAUGUAAAUUAAUUGACAUCAUAAAAUUUCAUAUAUAAAAGGUUUUCAGUAUUUUCUCAGUUUUGGACCUCACUGUAGCAAUUUAUUGGUUUGUUUGCAUUUUUUUUAUUCAAUUAAAUUUUUUGGAAUCGUGCUUAGCUGCCAUGUACAUACAUGAUACCCCUCUAUUAAAUGAAAAGAGACGCAUGGCUGAAGGUUUUACGUGUUGCAUGUUUUCUGCAACAUACUGGGAAGCAGGUUUACUGUAUGUCAGCAUGUUUCAGAGCUAAUCACCGAAUGCACUCCUCUCUAAUUGACUAGGUUUAUUUGCACAUGGUCAUGCUAGCUUGAAUCAAACUCUGCACGACAUAAAACAAUGACAUUGAGCAGCUUCUUUGUAAGCACUGGUGUACAAUACGGCCACAUGUGUAAUAAUAAUAUGGAAUACAAACAUACCUUUUAAUGCAGCAAAACUGUAUUUACACUGGAGUCACAAAUGUGAGAAAUAAUGAAUCAGACACUCAAAACUAUCAACUAUUACUGAAACAGAUGCACAGAAAAUAUCGUAGCGGAGCACAAACACAACAAGCAUUCAUGUAUGAUGUCACUGCUCAUUUUUGUGAUAUGCCACUGUUUGCAAAGCACAUGUUAGCCUCAUAUGUAGCUAAAGUAUGAAUAUAUAUGCAUAAUAGAAUAUUUAUCAACUUCUGGUAAAAAAGCUACACUAAUGUUGGCUUCAUUCAAAAUCUUCUUACAACAAAAUCACUUUGUUUUCCAAAUAUUUAGUCUAGAGAAGCUUCUGUCACACAUCCUGCUAGCAAUAAUGAUAAAACACUGGAUCUUUACACUCCUGUUUCUCGUCUAAAGGGUUGAUUUGCUGAUUGAUUUGUGUUGAAAAGAUUGUAAUAUUCACUGCCUAACAUCAUCUGAGGGGAAGUUUUUGCAUCUGUUUUCUUUUUCUGUAAUAUUAGUUUAUACCUAAAAAUAUAUAUUUAUACCCAGUAAUAUACUGGAGGUUUUUUUUAUGUGCAAUAAACACUUUCGUGAAAUACUUUCUCAAGAUUUCGCAGCUUGAUUUCAAAGUUACAGCUUUGAUGUGAGCUAUUUUAUUUAUGUUUAUUUUUAUAUGUCACUGCAGAAUACUGUAUUUUGGAUUACAAGCAAACAAUCUAGUAAAUUGCACAGAAACAUGUCAAAUUAAAAAUCGUCACUUGCAAACAAAUAUCAAAUCUGCAGAUAAAUGCAUUAAAUCUCCCUGGAAUAUCAUUCAUUUCUGUAUGAAGGGAUGAUAUCUGCACAUGGCUCCAUGCCCUUAUAAUAAAUAUCACCAACCUCUGCAUGAAUGUGUGAGUGUGUAUGAGUGUAUGUAUGCCUCUUUAUCUUUAAUUCAGUAAUUUAAUUGUAUUUAUAUGUGGCGUUUGCUGCAUAACAAUCAUAUUGAAGACAGCCAGAAGCAGAGGAGGCAUUUUGUUUUGUUUUGUUUGGACAUAUUAAAAACUGUUAUUAAAACUGCAAACGUUUGCACGUAACACUUUCACUUUUUAUCCCAAUGUUUCACUUGGACUGACAUGUUUUUUAUAGUUUGCACUGUAUAGUUUGUACACCGCAAUAUUCUACAGGUGUUUUGAAUGUGUCUGUUAUUUAAAGAUUUAUUUAUUAUAUAUAUAUUUGAUGCAUUUACUUUAGGCGAUGACUUUUGACUAACUGUAUAAACAAGUAUAUAAAUAAAAGGA